AUGUCUCUGAAGCGUAUCAACCAAGCUGGUCUUCAAUGCCUGGUCAACUACCCGCAAGCAACCGGUUGGCCACGCCUUCAACAAGCCCCAGAGCUCUUGACUCAAAUAUUGGACGAUUGUGAUAACAAUACAAGAGUUGCUAUGACUCGUGUUAGCAAACUGACGCCGGCUAGAUUCGAUGAAGGCGAUGUCAUAUACAUACGCACUGCUCCAAUGGCCACUCAAUGGAAAUCAUGGCUACCGCUCGCAGAAUACGUGAAAGUAUUCCAGGACAAUUCCCUCCACGAUGGUCACAAGCUCACCAAGGAUGGCAUCCAGCUCCUGAAUACAACUCGCCCGGUUCUUCAUAUAUUCCCCAACCUACACACCGUCUACAUCUUCGACUACAAUUUCUUGCCAAUCUUCAUGUCACCAAACCUCAGUAUAAUACACCUCACCAUGACGCAAGAAUUCAUCCAGGACCAGAGUCACAUCAGCUCCAUCGCUUCUGCACUCAAAGACUACUGCCCUAACAUCACCGAGCUCCACAUAUAUUCUGUCAGUGAAUGA